GCGAGUAUAGCUCUGGGGAUCAAAUGCGUUUUGUACAGCUCCAGCUUCUCAAGGGCAUGCGGAACCAGGAACUGGCCAAAUAUGCCAGAAUGUACGGACACGACACACUUCAAGUAGUGCAAGCCGCCACACGUAAUGAGGCAUAUGAGGCUGGAUUGCUGCCGGGCCCGUCAUCUGCACCGCCGGCUGCCAUGGCUAUGGAGAGAACAUACAAAAAAUUCGGACGUUCAAGCAACUCAAGCGCUGCAUUCAAAAAAGAAAGGAAACCGACAUUCAGCCGAGAUGGUUUCGCCAGGAAACGUUUCAGGCCGAACACACAAGAGUCGUGUAAGCAAUGCGGGCGCCCGGUUCAUAAGGAACUAGCCAUGUGUCCCGCCACAAGUCGUUCGUGUAACGUCUGCAAAAGGCGAGGCCAUUUUGCAGUUAUGUGCCCCAAAACGCGCAUUAACUACAUCGACGAAGUCCAUCAAGCAUCACAGGAAGCUACAUCGGUCGAGCCCAGCGAUCAGAAAACAGAGUCCUUUAGCGUAAUUUCCUAUAAGGAUGCUUUGGUAAGCUGUCGCAUAGGUACCUCGACGAUAGAGUUCUUAAUUGACUCGGGAUCCGACGUCAAUGUUAUUGGUGGCCGCGAUUGGGAACAAUUGAAGAGCGACAUGGCAAAAACUCAUGAGUAUAUCACACCCUUAGACAAUUGCCCUGCUUUUACAGUUCAUGCUUAUGCUACUGCCGAGCCAAUGGUAAUUCAGCAGCGCUUCAGUGCGAAGAUUGAAACGGUGGGAUUCUCUAAACCUUCCGUGUGGGCCAAUUUUGUAGUAGUACCCGAAGGACGUCGAUCGUUGCUAGGCCGGAGAACUGCAGGCGAAAUGAAAUUAUUGAAAAUCGGAACAAGCGUAAACGCAUGUGAAGAAUCAGAACCACAGUCACCAUUUCCGAAGAUGCCGGGAGUGAAGGUUCGAUUUUGUAUCGAUAAGACGAUUCCCCCUGUAAGGAACGCUUAUUAUAACGUUCCAGCAGCGUUCAGAGAAGCUGCAAGGAAACGGUUACAGGACAUGGAAGCGAAGGACAUUAUCGAAAAAGUGUCAACCGCCCCUGAAUGGAUCAGCGGGAUGUCCGCCGUGGCGAAGGGUAAAGGAGAUUUUCGAUUAGUAGUCAAUAUGCGGGCUGCUAAUAAAGCUAUUAAACGAGAGUAUUUCCGGCUCCCUCCGAUCAACGAAAUGAAAACUAAGCUGCACGGUGCUAGGUAUUUUUCUAAGCUCGACCUGUCGAACGCGUACUACCACCUGGAGUUAGAAAAAGGAUCCAGAGAUCUAACGACCUUUUUGUCGGAGUACGGUAUGUACCGCUUCAAAAGACUAAUGUUCGGUGUCAACUGCGCACCGGAGAUUUUUCAGCGCGAGAUGACCAGAAUCCUCAAGGAUUUCCCAAACGUCAUCAUCUACAUAGAUGAUAUCUUGAUUUUCGCUGAAACUCUGCCUGAACUUAGGAAAACCGUAGCGGAUGUGAUGCAAGUUUUAAGAGCGAACAAUUUGACGAUAAAUCCAGAAAAGUGUGAAUUCGACCAAAGCUCGGUAACAUUCCUUGGACAUAAACUUGAUGAGCAGGGAUUUCAUAUCGAUGAGGCGAAGACAAAGCUCAUACUCGAAUUCCGACGACCAGCAACAGCAUCGGAAUUACGCAGUUUCUUAGGCUUGGCCUCGUUCUUAAGCCCUCAUAUCAGGAAUUUUGCUGACCUGACAAGACCUUUGUGGACGGUUGCAGCUAAAAAUAGUUGGGAAUGGGGCGCACCUCAAACAACAGCUUUCGAAGCAGUGAAGGAAGCAAUCGCGAAAUGCACUGUAACUCUAGGAUACUUCUGUGAAAUGGACAGAACUAUUCUCUACACGGACGCGUCACCGAUCGCACUUGGUGCGGUUCUGGUACAGGUCGAUAGUAAGGGUACUCAUCGCAUCAUCAGUUUCGCCUCGAAGGCCUUAACCCCCACAGAGAGACGAUAUGCUCAGAACCAGCAGGAGGCGCUAGGCGCGUCGCUCACGGAAGACUCAAAAAGAGUGCUCACCAGAGCUGACGGUUGGGCGUUACGAUUAAGCCCCUACAAUUACGAGGUCGAGCAUGUGAAGGGUAGUGAUAACAUUGCGGAUCCGCCGUCUCGCCUAUAUACCGGAAGUGAUGGGCCAUUCGACGAAGAUUGCAGCCCGUGGGAGAUCGCUAGGUUAGAAGCAAAUCCGGUAAGGUUCCUGACUGAGGACGAAAUUCGCGAAGCCACUGCUCAAGACGACAUACUCUCCCAAGUGAUGACGGCAGUAAAUUCAGGAGAGUGGUCUAAUCAAUUAAAUAGGUAUCGGCUGGUAGCUUCGGACCUCUACGUCUCCAACGGGUUGAUCGUUAAAAACGGUUGCAUCGUCAUUCCAAAAGGACUACGGAAAAAACACUGGAAGUGGCUCACAGCGGACACCCUUUGUCUGCAAAAUUUAAAAAGCAUCCUGAGAGAACGCGUGUGGUGGCCUGGCAUGCCAAGCGAUGCAGAAAAUUGGGUCAAAGCAUGCAGCGUCUGCGCCACAAACGGAAAACCGGAGAAGCCUACUCCUAUGCAACGCACUCUAGCUCCUAAGACGGUCUGGGAGGCUAUCGCGGUAGACUUCAACGGUCCAUAUUCCAAAUUCGGUGGCAUCUAUAUUUUUGUUCUAGUGGAUUACAGGUCGAGGUAUAUUAUUGCUCGCCCAGUGAAAUCGACAAGUUUCGAAUACACGAAGUUGAUUUUUGACGAAGUUUUUGACAGGGAAGGGUUUCCGCAGACAAUUAAGAGCGACAACGGGCCGCCCUUCAACGGGGAGGAAUAUAGGGUAUACUGCUCCAAACGGGGAAUUGUGAACAAGUAUUCCACACCCUUGUUCCCUCAACAAAACGGCUUAGCCGAAACGUACAUGAAACUUAUAAAUAAAGCGAUGGCUACAGCAGUGAGUACUGGAAACAACUAUAAUGAAGAACUGCAAGCAGCUGUUAGAGCUCAUAACGCGGCCGCAAAUUCGGUAACGAGGGUUCCACCGGAGGAGGUGAUGCUAGGAAGAAAAGUCAGAAGGGGACUGCCACUUUUAAAACGAGUCAAUGUUCACCACGACGAAGAAUUGCUGAACAAACGCGACCGGGAAGCCAAGCUUAGAGGUAAGAAAACAGAAGACAGUCGACGAUCAGCUCGAAAAUGUCGGGUGAAGCCAGGCGAUGUUGUAAUUGUUGAACGUCAAAUGCGCGCAAAAGGGGACUCAAGAUUCGAUUCGAAACGCUAUACAGUAAUCGAGGAAACAAAUGGUAGUUUAUUGCUGGUUGACGAAGACGGAAGUACGUUAAAACGCCACGUGACGCAAACCAAAAAAGUACACGAGUGGACCAAAAAUCGAAAGAGAUCGCUGGAAGGAGGUAAUACUGACUACGCAAUGACAUCAAGUUCAAGUGAGAGACCAAAGAGAGAGACGAAGAAGCCGUCGUAUCUCGGUGACUAUGUUCGUAUGGUAGAACAGUCCAUCGCUAUUUUUAUGAAUGAAAGUGAAAGUGCCAUUGUCGUCGGCGUCGUCGUACACGUCGGCAGUGCCGCUCUCAACAAAGCGCCAGCAUGCUGUCGGCGGCAGAAGGGACCGGGGUGCCUCGUUACCAUCGUAAUUCCGGCGCAGGAUCAAGGAGCACAUUGUUCUAGUACGGUGACAGUGGAUACAGACAACCGGCUGUGGUACUAG